GCUGCGGGGCGGAGCGGUAAAGGGAGGCCGGGGCUGCCCCGUGGCGACGACCGUUGCCGGGUAACUGGAGCCUCCCCGGCCGCCGGUAGGAGCCGUUCGGGGCCGGUGGCGGCCGAUUUCUGCUGCUGGGAGCCUCUUUUCGUGCCCCGGUCCAUCGCAGGGAGCAGCUGGUGGCAGCCCGGAGGCUCCUGCGCGUUUGUGGGCGCCGUGGGCACCACAUCAGCGACCUGAGCAACCCCAACAGCUCGUGUUGCCUUGGUCAUGCACCCAGCCUGCACCUUUCUCGUGAAGCCUCCAGUAUUUCACCAUGUAAAUGCCCCUGUUUGUCUCAGAGUUUUCCGUCCCGACCAAAAUUUUCUGCAGGAUAUGGAGCAAUCAAAUGAGAUGUUGCACUGUGAGCAAAUGCAUCAUUAAAGAUAAAUGGAGAUGAAUGACCAGUGAAUGACCAGUGAAUGAAAAUUUCUCUAGCAGAAGGAUGGAAAGCAGAAGGGAAAGAACAGCAGCACUGCUGAAAGAAAAGCAUAUGAAGAAGGACCUGAAGUGGAAUCCUGGCACUGCUUCUCGUCCAGCUUCAGCUGCAGUCAGAGUGACUGACUUGAGUUGGCGAGGUAACCUAAAUCCCAGUCUGCUGGUUAAAGAUGAUGGAGAGCUACUGCUGGAUGAAUACCUUUCCCCCAGGAAACUGAAAGCUUUGACAGGGAUGGAUGAUCUGCAGCAAGUAAAGGCCCUAGAGAUGCGAGUAGAUACAAGAGAGAGCAGCUUGGGGAACUUUGGUGCCUAUCUUCCUAAUCUGAGAGAGCUGAAGUUGAACAAUAGCUUGCUCGUAUCCGUGAGGGAUCUCGGAACCACGUUGUCCCAUCUCCAUGUGCUGUGGAUGACUUGUUGUGGGCUCUUGGAUUUAGAUGGAAUCUCUGCCUGCAGCUCUCUGAAAGAACUCUAUGUGGCCUACAACAAAAUCUCAGACCUGUGCCCGCUUUGCUUUUUGGAUCACCUUGAGGUUCUGGAUCUGGAAGGAAACAAUAUUGAGGACAUCAACCAGAUGCGAUACCUGGGGCUUUGCUGCAAACUGCGCAGCCUGACAGUGGAGGGCAACCUUAUCUGUCUAAAGCCAAAUGCAGAAUCUGCAGAGGAACUAGAUUACAAUUACAGAGCUGAAGUGAAAAAACUCAUUCCUCACCUGGAGUAUUUGGAUGGAAUACCAGCAAGCCAGACUGCUGUCCCUCCUUCCAAUAAGAUGAAUGAGGACUGGCUAAUCAUCAAGGAAUACAUCAAGGAGGGUGGUUUGCCCAGAGACAUUUCAUGGUUAGGUCCAUGUGCAAUGGCAAAGCAGCCUGGAUGCAGCCCAAAUCCUCCUACAGCUUCCAGACCAGGAACUGCACAGUGGUCUGUUAGCUCAGGAAGGUGUAGCAGUUCCCAUCUGUUGUACAGCAGCUCUCCUCUUCCAGAUCCCACUAUUUCUGAAGACUGGUUUCCAGAUAACUGCAGUGAUUUGACACACGGACUCAGCCAAAUUAUAUGUGGGAACCCCAUCAAGGCCCUUCGUGCAAGGAGGCUAAAGCUAGGUCCGCCUGCAGAGAGCUCCUUGAAACUGUGCAGUCUGAAGAUAGAAAACCCUGACAUCUCUGUAGGAGGAGGAGGUGUGAGCCAGGAAGACGUCUUCUCUGCACCGAGAGUGUGGGGAGAGCAGCAUAAGUGGCGGUGCCUGCACACAGCUCAGCAAGGAAUCAUCCCAGCAGCAAAGGUAGCUACAGAUGAUGAGGAAGAGGAUGAAGGCUGCAUCCCGGCCAACAGCAGUGAGAGUGAGCUGAAGGACACCUCAGAUGAGGAUCUCACUGGAGAGAUUUCACCUAUUUCUUCUUGCCACUCCUGUCUCUCACAGUCUUCCCCAGAUUCAUUACAUGCUCAGGAAGGCAUAGUGUUCCCCAGCCAGAACUGCUGUCUAAUUCCAUCUCCUCCAAAAACCCCUUCACCUGCAACUCUGAUGGGUUUGGCAGCAAGACCCCAGAAACUGAGGAAGCACAGGGCAAGGUGCCUGAAGCUAACCAGCCCAGAGGAGGGCAGGCAGCCCCAGCAAUGCCAGGCAUGGGUGACUCAAGAGACUUCAGCUCAGCUGCUGAGUAAGGGCCUUGCUCUGCUGAGCCUGCAUAGCGUGCCAGCAGCACAGGAGCCUCUGCCCCUCAGCCCCCAAGGGCAGUGCCAACCUGAUGGCAGCACUGCCAGGCAGAGGCCUAUCUCAGGAACUGCAGCUGUUGGAUCAGCAGGCAUCAGCCCCACCCUGGACAGGAGUCCACACAGUGUGAGCAGCCAUCCCCAGCCAGUUGUCCUCUCACCCCCAAGACCCUCAGGGAGAGUUGAGCUGCUGAAUGCCAUAUGCCCCCCAGCUGCUGGGGCAGUGCUACAGAAGCUGCCAGCCAGACCCACUGUCUCAUCAGCAUCUCAAGGCAGGAGUCCCCGCUCAUAGCCUGAGUGUAUCAGACCCAUUGACAUUGUGCUAUCUCCACGCACUGGGUGCAGUCCUGACACUUGGAGGAUCAGUGCCAUCUUUCAACUGCCUCUGUGAGAUAAAAGCAGAGCUGUGCAAGUAGAGCAGAUCGAACAAAUGCCAUGAUUUGCUUCAAUUAAGGCUACAGCUGGUUCAGAAGUGCUUUCUUUAAAGAGCACCUGCUGGUCAACAGAAGAGCUAAUCAACCUCUUACGACAGCAAAUGUGGUUAUUUUUUGCAGCCUUCAUGAACUAAAACCGAACAACUCUUAAUGGAUUUCCUUUCUUCUACCUCCUGCCCUGCUCUGUGGGUGAGGCAGUGGCAGUAAACCAGCAGGUCUCAGUGCCUGCCAGUUCCAGGGUGGGCUGGAGGAAGGGGGAGACGUGUGGCAUUCCCCCUCACGCUCAGCAUCCUAUCCUACAAGCAUCCCUGCUGUGUGUCUUUUGCAGAACUCAGUGUUCAGGGGCACAGCCAAAGGUUCAAGGCAGCACUGACCUGAGCAUGUUUGUAUAUCAUAUGACUGAGUCAUUUUAAAUAAUGCAGAGGCAAAGAUGAGGCAGGGGAAGUAAGAAAAUGAUCUCUUGUUUUUCAGUGGGGCAUUUGCUUUAUAGUUGGCUGAGGUUCAGAAGAGCUGGUUUUGGUGGCUGCAGACUGAGGUGCUGAUCCCAGCGGCUGUGCCUUAUGAUUUUAUUGAUGUUGCAGUCUGAAGCCGAGCAUCAUCACAUUUCUUUCAGUUCCUGUUACUAUGUUAGAUAUCUAUUUUAAAAUCACUUGAUGAAACAGUAAUUAUGAGACAA